AUGGAAGGACUCAAUGCCUCGGAACAGCGUGAGCUGGCUACUCGUAUGGAGAGCAAGCAGAUGAAGGAAUUCAUGCAGAUGUAUUCGCGUCUCGUCCAGCGCUGCUUCGAUGACUGCGUCAACGACUUCACCACCAAGAGCCUGGUUGCCCGGGAAGAGGGAUGCGUUCUCCGCUGUGUCGACAAAUACCUGAAGAGCUCUGCCCGGCUCGGCGAGCGGUUCCAGGAACAGAAUGCGGCCAUGAUGCAGUCCGGCCAGCUGCCGGGACGAUAA